GAGUCGAUGAGGACGUAGAUGCUGUCCAAAAUGUUGCUUAGCUCACGCGGCAGCAUUCGUCUGUGCCGUCACCUGCUCUAGUUCGCAAUGCUAUAUAAGCCGCUCCAUUACGCCAUCUCCCACGACCUAUCCGUUCUGACUUCAUCAAUCCCCAUCUUUUUCUCCGAGUGAGUUUUCCAGUCUGAGAAGGAGUAACAUUCAGUGUCAUACUGGAUUCUUCAUUACAUGCCUGUGAAAUUGUAGUGUCGGCUCUAUGCACAGGGGAGUAGGCGAGGCCGGGAGGCCCCAGGCCUGGGGGCUUCCAAAAAGCAGUCCCAGUCGUCCUGGCCCUGGGAAGGGAGCAGCUCUUCCUGCUCGACCAGUUGCUGAGAUAUCAAAGCCCCAUGUGCAGCUCAGGACCAACUACUUUGGUCUCACGUUCACCGUCGAGUCAUUCACUGUUUACAAGUACACCUUCAACGUUCGGAAUAGUUCGAAUAAGAUAUUCAGGCGCGCCGAGGUCAAUGACGACAACAUUUUCGGAUUUGUCAAAGGGGCUUUGCACAGCGUCGGAGCCCAGCCUGGCGAGCACGCCACGGAUUAUCGCCAUCACAUCGUUUCCUUGAAACCUCUCAGAAUACCUAAGAACAAACAAAGACGACUCGAUGAUGAGGGGCCCGGAGGAUGGGCUAUUGAGUUUGGAGACACCACCCUGCAAGUUCAACUUGGUAAAUCUGCCUUGAAUUCUCCUUCACCAGAUGUAAUCGACUGCCUCAGAUUAAUUUUGGGACAUUCGACCCAAAAGGAAAAUCAAAUCGCGACAACUAGAUUGCACAAAUUCUACCGAGGUGUAGAUGAUCCACACUCGAAGAAUCCAUCCGGGGGAAGCGGCAUCCCGGAAGCUGUGUCCGCUGUGUAUCGGGAGGGACUGAGUCUGAAAGAAAUCUUAGAAGCGCUCAAGGAAAAGACUGGUGCCGGGUCGACUGCUUGGUUCAUUGCCUUGACCAGUCUUCAUCGAGUUAUUGCCAAGUCACGGGUCCUUUACAAGCUCUCUCAAAAGAGCUCGAAAAAGGUUCGCAUUUCAGGUCUUGCUCGCAGGGACGACAGAGAUUCCAAAAGCAAAGACGCCGCGCAUGCUCUCAAGAUUGAAAGAGACUUUCCAGGGUCGACAGACGUGAAGUUCUGGUUCAAGAAUGAGUACCGUACUGUCUGGGGCCAUUUCAAAAAAGAACGGAACGUCGAUAUUGCCAAAGAUCUUCCCCUCAUCAAUAUCGGCAAACCUGGCCGCCCCGAGUAUGUUCCAGCCGAAUACUGCAUCGUCCUUGGCUCAGGGAGGUUGGACAAGUUGGAGUCGUUGAACAAAUCUACCUGUCAAUCGCCAGAAAGCAAGCAGAUUUGGUUUCGACCCCACCACAACUUGCAGGAAUUGAAGCCCGAUUCGGGCCCAAGUCGAGUGCUGACCAACUUCCACAUUAUCGUUCAUCAUAAAGAGCCUCUCAAAGUCAUUGGACGGGAGCUGGACAGUCCGCAAAUUUCAUACUGUGAAAAGCAGCCAGUCAUUGUAUCUCCUGACGUUUCUUGGAAGAUCGCGGAGAAGAGUCUUGCUAAGGGCCCAAGGACUAAAAAGUCGUGGACUUGGAUAUAUCUUGGCGGAGACAUCCAAACUGGUUUCCCGCGAUCCGCAGAGAAUGGCGUCAAGCAGCUUGAUGACACUCUAAAGAGAAUGUGUGCCAAAGGAUUGCCACCUCGAUUUGUGAACAAUGAGAACCAUUGUAUCGCCGAAAACGCGACUGCUAUUCGAGCAUCUUUGGCAUAUGCGAAAAGCUGCGGCGUGGAACUUGUGGUUGUCAUUUCUCCCAACCGAUUGUCAAAGGACACUUACAAGCACCUGAAGUUCUUUGGAGACGUUCAAACUGGUAUCCAUACCUCUUGUAUCCUCUUGAACAAGUUCAGGAAGACGGGGAAGGACGGCCAAGAGGGUUGGAAUUACGGCUACUUUCGCAAUGUCGCCAUGAAGAUCAACCUGAAGCUUGGAGGUACCAGUCACAUGCUCGAACAGGACCUGGUUCCGACGAAGAAGAACGGGUUGAUAGUCAUGGGCUACGGUACCACGGACCAGUCUGCUGAGGAAAUCAAGGAAAAGCAAAGCCAAGUUGGUCUCGUCAUCAGCGCUGAUGAGAAACUCGGCCAAUGGCAAUCAUCCUGCUGGAACCAGGAUACUAAGCAGGAGGUGACGGGCACAAUCUUCACCGAGAGGCUUGAGAACCAGCUCCACACCUGGCAUUCGAUCAAUGCCUUCGCUCUGGACAAGCCCACGCUGAGCGUUGUUAUUUAUCGAUACGGCGUGUCUGAGAGCCAAUUCGACACGGUGCUUAAACAAGAAGCCCCUGCGAUUCAGAAGACAUUCAAGAAAGCGUUCGACGGCAAGCCGACAAAAAUCACUCUGGUGGUCGCCAUCAAGGGACAAGCGACUCAGUUCUUUCCAAUUGAGGUCAAAGACGGCGGCCUGAACAGGAAUAUCAAGCCCGGAACAGCAGUCGACAGCGUCGUGGCCCGGCCCGACUACCGGGAGUUCUUCCUGGCCUCUCACUUCGCGAGCAAGGGGGUUCCCAAACCGGCGCGCUACGUCGUGCUCCUGGAUGGAGUAUUCCAGGAGGGUGAUUCCAACCACCCCGACCCCGUGGAAUCUUCCAGGGAGCUUGAGAGGUUCACGCAAGACCUGUGCUAUGUUUUUGGCGGCGCCACCAAGGCCAUCAGCAUCUGUACCCCGGCUCACUACGUUGACAGUCUUUGCACGAGGGCGCGCGCCUACAAAGCUGCAGCGGCCAAGGAUGAAAUCAAACGGGAGGUCGAAAAGUCAGCUAAAGACCCGGGAGAGAAGAGACGUAUUCUGGCCGGGGAGGUCCACAAAGACUUGUGCAACACGAUGCAUUGGAUCUGAACAAGCUGGCAAAUGCUCCUGGUCUGUUAGCCAAUGUCUUUGCGGUUCUUUUGGUCGCAACUUUAUGAAUUGCUUGGCUUGCAUUGAUGGGAGUGACAGGGAGCCAUACAAAUGAGUCGGUUCUACUUGGGUAUGUUGGAUGGUAUGGCGAGAGUUGUGCCCGGAACGUCGGAUCAAAGCAUGUGGUUACCCUUUUCAUAGAGUGGCAGAUGUUGGGAUGGUGAUAUGAUCUUGAA